GCGGCUACUAAUCGCCUCCGUCGGACAGGUUUCAGCCGAGUGCAAGUGGCGGCCAAGAGGGGAGUCCGACACAGCACGGCCAGGGCGUAUCUGACGCCGGUGCAGCACCGCAAGAACCUCCACGUCGUCCUCAAUACUCCCGUUGCGAGGAUCGUGAUAGACGAAAAAACGGCGAAAGGGAUCGAGUACCUGACCGAAGACGGUGCCAGGCAUUUCGUAUCGGCGAGGAGGGAGGUGAUCCUGUCCGCCGGGGCUGUCGCCUCUCCUCAGAUCCUCAUGCUCUCCGGCAUCGGGCCCAGAGACGAGCUCUGGCGACACGGGGUAGGAUUUUUUGUG